UGGUAUGUCACUCCUGUAAAUUCUCAGAAUAUUUCAACAAAGUAAAGAUUUUUGAUAGUCAAUACUAAUCAAAGUAUCUAUCCUCUCAAAAUUAAUUCGGUAUACGAAAAUUUUUAACAAAAAGUGAUAAUAAAUAUAUUUUCAAGAAACAACAUUGCCAAAUGACAACUUGUCAUUUUGAGGUACUGAUGGUUAUUAACCGAAUGUUGGCGUAUUAGUGUUGGUUCGUCCAUCCGUCACCGCACCCAGAUAGAUGCGAUGACUGAUGCCUUUUGUUACAGGAAGUGAUAAUUAAUAUGCAUAAAAUUUAUUGGAACGUAUUAACAAUUAACUGAGUUAUACGUACAAAAUCGGAAUAUAACUGUUACUAUGUAAUCAGAAAAUGUGUUCUUAAAUAGUGAACUGUUGUGUACUUAGUUGUUGAUAGUUUUAGACAUGGAUGAAGGAACUUUAAACGAUUUAUUAGAGUGUUCAGUUUGUUUAGAACGAUUAGAUACAUCUAGUAAAGUGCUUCCUUGCCAGCACACAUUUUGCAAGAAAUGUUUGGAAGAAAUAGUGCAAACACAUAAGGAAUUGAGAUGUCCUGAGUGUCGAGUAUUAGUCUUGAUUAAAGUGGAUGAUUUACCCCCUAACGUUCUUUUGAUGCGAAUACUAGAGGGUAUUAAGAAUGCUGGGAACCCGUUUCCCAAAAAAAUCACCAAGCCUACUAAAACACCAAAUCUGCUUUCUGCAGCACAGACAACUCCAUUACAUACCCCUCAUGGAACUCCUGAUCAUAGAUUAAAUGCUAAUAAGCAACAUUCGCAUCUGUUACCUCAUCAGCCUUAUGCUAAAGCAAUUUAUGACUACAUAGCGAAAGAAGCGGGAGAUCUGAAUUUUAAGAGAGGUGAUGUUAUUAUUUUGAAAAAGAGAAUUGAUAGCAAUUGGUAUCAAGGAGAAUGUGGUGGAAAACAAGGUGUAUUUCCGUUAAGUUAUGUUCAGAUUAUUACUCCAGUACCCAGCCAUAUACCACAAUGUAAGGCACAAUAUGAUUUUCGUAUGACAAAUGAUGAAGAAGAAGGCUGCUUAUCAUUUAAUAAAGGUGACAUAAUUAAUGUUAUAAGAAGAGUUGAUGAAAAUUGGGCCGAAGGAAAGCUAAAUGGUAGAAUUGGAAUUUUUCCUUUAGCUUUUGUUGAACUGAAUAAUUUGGCAAGAUCAUUAAUGAAACUAUCCACAAAUGCUCAACCAGGACCAUCUCGUGUUGCACCUCCUACUCCAACUUCCGAAGAUACUUCACCACUUAUACCAACAGAUCACACACACAAUGUAAUACCUCAACAAAUACAACCUCAGCCUCCUAUACCUAUGGCUCGUGCUCCAGUCUCAAAUUUACAACAUGCUCCACUUGCUGCUUCCGACUCCAGCUCAACUUUAAGCUCAGGUACAUCUGGAGGUACUUCAAAUAUAUCUUCUGCAAAUGCUUCAUCGGGUAACACUUCAACCAGUUCAAGCAGUCCCUCGUCUCCAGCUUCUCCUCCUCCACCUAAGAACCAGCAAAUACUACCACCCAAGAAUACAAUAAGUAGACCUGACCUUCUCAACACUGCUAAGUUAUCAACUCCACAACGUUCUCCGCAAAAUCAGCCUUGUUCGUCUGAACCACAUCUCACUACUCACCACCAACAUUCGAAAGAAAAACGACAUAGUUUCACAAGUAUUGCUACUACACAUCUUCCAAAUACUCUUAUGACCAAUCAGAACCGAUUAUCUGCUGAAAUUCUGGCUGGAAACGAGAAUGGACACUUGACAACGACAAAUGAGAGGAGAGCUCGCAAUAUGCCGGAUGUACAAUUACCUGCAACUUAUGUUGCUUUAUAUCCUUACAAACCGCAAAAAGCAGAUGAAUUAGAAUUAAAGAAAGGCGGCAUUUACAUGGUUACUGAAAUAUGUCAUGAUGGAUGGUUCAAAGGUACAUCAAACAGAACUCAAAAAUGUGGUGUAUUCCCGGGCAAUUAUGUAACACCAGCUAGAGGAGUUCCUAAUCCGCUUGGUACCAAGGAACAUUCUGAUUCUAAAUUACCCGUAAGUUUUACACGAAGUGGUAAAAAUGUGUCCGCUUCAACGCAGCAUGUCGUUUCCACUAACCCUCCUGAAUUACCGGCUCGAGCGACUAGUCCUUCCAAUUCAUUUUCUAGCAGUUGGCAUGGGGCCCCUCAAGAUCCUCAAGCUGUACCAUUAGGUAGAAGUAGCAGUGCCAUUAUGACAGGAGGAAAUGCUGUGGCAUUGACAAAUAAAACGGACAAGUCUAAGGAACAUCGAAAAGAGAAAGGGACUGUUGGCUUAAUGAAACGAUUAGCCAGUAUGAAAAGGUCCAAAUCACCCCCACCGUCUACGUAUUCAAUGGAUAAUCCAGUUUUUGAGGACGCUAGUGCUAAAACUUCAACCACGCCUGUUCACGUCAGGUCGGGAUCGUGUCCGAGUCAACUGCUUCAGAUCCAACCAAGUGACCAUCACCGUAUGUUUGGAUCUACCUCCCAACGUCACAAACAUAAAGAGCGCCCUUCCAUACUUACGCACAGUCCCAGUAUCACUCCUCGAAACAACGAAAACCCGGCAGGAAGUUCUGGUUCAAGUCCGGACGUUCAACGCCAUAGAAAAUCCAAUUCUUUAGAUGGUGGUAACAAGACAAAAACUACAGUCCAAACUGUAAGAGAACGUUUCAGAUGCAUCGCUCCAUAUCCACCUAAUAGUGACUAUGAACUGGAAUUGCAAGUGAAUGACAUCAUUUAUGUACACAAGAAACGUGAAGACGGAUGGUAUAAGGGCACACAACAGAGAACUGGAAAGACUGGAUUAUUUCCUGCUAGUUUUGUAGAAAGUUAUUAGUAAUUGUGAUUUUUGGGUAUGUGAAGUAGUAGCUUCAAAGUUACUAUUGCGGUGUAUACGUUCUUGUAAAAGAAGCACAUUACUUUGAGUAAUGUUUUUCUAUAACAGAAUUUUGCGCACUUUCCUUAUAAAAAAUUACAACUAAAUUUGAGUUUUAUAUCAGAUAUGGAAUGUGCUUCUUUAAUGGUUUCCACUCAUUAUAUUUUCAACUAUUUUACCUAGUCAGUUGAUCAAUUUUAAAAAGUGUUGAUUUAUUAAACGAUCAAAUUAAUAUACACUAAUAAAUAUUUGAAUAUAUCUUACAAUAAUUACAAACUAAUUUAUUAUUUAUAUUAAUGUUUAAACUGUUAAUCCAGUGCUUUUGUUUAUACAUACAUGUGAUGUAUGGAUAUUUGGAGAUAUUUUUGAUGCACUAUAUUUACUGUGAUAUAAAAUUUGAAUUUCAAGAUAUAAACUGGGAUAUUUUCAAAUGAGAGAAUUCGUAUAUUUUUCGAUUUUGUAUAGUGAAAUAUUAUAUAGAGAAAUUGGUAUUAUAAAUGGAGAAGGUGGGUAAAGAUCAUGUUGCUUAUACCGUUCAUUAAUUCAUAUAACUUUCCAACCGCCUUCCUCUGCAAUACUUUGAAUGUAUUUACAAGAGAAUGUUGAUGAUUUAUAAAAUUACUAGACAGUUGGGUUAAUUAAAAUUCUAAAAAUAGUUAACAGGUAUAUAUAAUAUAUAUAUUUUUCUUACAUGUUUGUGUAUUUAGCGUUUGAGUUUUCAUUAUUCAAUGUAGAUUAACGAUGAAAAAUAAUUUUUAUACAACAAAAAAUUCUAAUUUAAAAUAGAAUUUGACGGCUUAUCGUCGUCUGUCAGUUUUUGUACUGUAGAAAGAUUUUGCUUUCAAAUAUUUACCAAUGGUUAUUUGUUUAAUGUUAUUAUAUGUUAUAGUGUCAAAAUUCUUGAAUUAUCAUUAUUUACAGACAAUCAAAAAUAUCUUCAAUGUCCAAAAUAUAUGGCAGGGGUGGUCUACUUGAUUAGACCCAAGAUCUACUGUUAACUAAUGAAACCCUGUGUGUCUACCGAUUACAAAUUUCUUGAAAUCUUUAAAGAAAUUGUUUUGUACACAAUUAUGUAGUAUUUUCUAUUUUAAUUAAAGGGAAAACAUGAAACUGGAAA